AUGGCUCCUCACGCAGAAACGGGCGUCGGCUCCAUGAACGGGUAUAGCACCUACGAGGCACAGACACCAAAGGAUCUUUUCACUGUCAACUCUCCCAAUGUGAAGUACACCGACGACCAUAUCGAGAGCAAAUAUGUCUAUCGCACCACCGCCGUCACCAAGGGUCCCAAUGGCAAGUACACGGCAUCCCCCAAGGAAGCCACCUACGACUUCAAGGUCGACCGCAAAGUACCAAAGGUUGGUAUGAUGUUGGUAGGCUGGGGCGGCAACAAUGGUUCCACGGUCACCGCUGGAAUCCUUGCCAACCGUCGUGGUCUGACUUGGGAAACUCGGGAAGGUCCUCGUGCUGCCAACUACUAUGGCUCAGUCAUCAUGGGCUCAACCAUCAAGCUCGGCACGGAAGUCGAGACUGGGGAGGAGAUCAACGUCCCUUUCCAUGAUGUUUUGCCCAUGGCUCAUCCAAACGACCUUGUCAUCGGUGGUUGGGACAUUAGCAGCAUGAACAUCGCUGCAUCUAUGGAUCGUGCUCAAGUUUUGGAACCAACCUUGAAGGCUCAGGUCUACAAGGAAAUGGCUUCCAUGAAACCCCUGCCAAGUAUCUACUACCCCGAUUUUAUCGCAGCCAACCAGGAAGAUCGUGCAGAUAAUGUCCUACCUGGCAGCAAAGCAUGCAUGGCUCAUGUUGAGCAGAUUAGAACUGACAUGAAGUAUGACACCUUAAACUUCAAGACUGAAAACAAUCUGGACAAGGUCAUUGUUCUUUGGACUGCCAACACCGAACGUUAUGCCGACAUUAUUCCGGGAGUCAACGACACUGCCGACAAUUUGUUGAAGGCUAUUGAACAGGGUCACGAGGAAGUGUCACCAUCGACUGUCUUUUCCGUGGCUUGCAUUCUUGACAACGUUCCGUUCAUCAACGGUUCGCCUCAAAACACUUUUGUGCCUGGUGCUAUCAAACUCGCCGAGAAGUAUGGCUCUUUCAUUGGUGGUGAUGAUUUCAAGUCUGGCCAGACUAAGAUGAAGUCGGCCUUGGUUGACUUCUUGAUCACCGCUGGUAUCAAGUUGACCUCCAUCGCCAGCUACAACCACCUUGGCAACAAUGACGGCAAGAACUUGAGCUCUCAGAAACAAUUCCGAUCCAAGGAGAUUUCCAAGUCGAACGUGGUGGAUGAUAUGGUUGCCGCCAACUCUGUCUUGUACAAGAAGGACGAGCAUCCGGAUCACACCGUGGUCAUCAAGUACAUGCCAGCUGUUGGUGACAACAAGCGUGCCUUGGACGAGUACUACGCCGAGAUCUUCAUGGGUGGUCACCAGACCAUCAGCAUCUUCAACGUCUGCGAGGACUCGUUGCUCGCAUCUCCUCUGAUCAUUGAUCUGGUUCUGGUCGCAGAGAUGAUGACUCGUAUCUCCUGGAAGACGGAGUCUGCCGAGGAGUACAAGGGCUUCCACAGUGUGCUCAGUAUUCUCAGCUACAUGUUGAAGGCACCACUCACACCUCCCGGCACUCCCGUUGUCAACGCCCUCGCGAAGCAACGUAGCGCACUAACCAACAUCUUCCGUGCUUGCAUCGGACUCCAACCCGAGUCAGACAUGACUCUGGAGCACAAGUUGUUUUAGCCGCGUCGCAAAGAGGCUAAGGGAGAGACGCUUUCGGCCUUUUUGGCAAAGGCAAAGGAAAAUCAGCGGUUGAUGUCUUGGUUAUACCCUUUCGGCAUGUUGUUGGGGGUGGCUAGACUGCUUUUUGACUUUUGCAUUGCGAACGGCGAAAGAGUAGUCCUAGCUGGGGCUUGUAUACGAGGGAGUGUCCUAGAUUGCACAGAUUGUUUUUUGUUUUUCGCGUUUGAUUUAUGACCAACUCUUGUCACUCUUUUGAUAGUACAACCUUAGCAACACAGACAUAUUGCUUUACUAUCCAUUAUUCAUUCUGCUAAUCCCUGGUAAAGACCCGCCGACCUCAAGCGGAGGUUCUUGCACACGUCUCACACAUCUGAGAA